AUGCCAGAGGGCCCAUCAGUGAGGAAGUUCCAGCUGCUGACCUCCCCUUUUGUGGGACAAGUGGUGGCCAAGGUGGGGGGAAGCAGCCGCAAGAUCAACGUGAAUGACCUGAAUGCCCUGAGGCUCCAGGACUCCCCGGUUCACGGGAAGAACUUGUACCUGGCAUUUGUGGCAGCUGAAAGUCCCUCAGGACCAACUGCAGAAGAGACAGUGCUGCAGAAAGAGGCUGCUGCUGUGGCAGGUUCUUCUGUCCAGGAAGGGCAAGAACAGGUUUGUGCUCCCCAUUCCCAGGAUGAGGAGCUACAGGAACUCCAGCACUCGAGGUCUGAAGCCCCAGAAGCAGCAGAAGGUCCAGGCCACUGGCUGCGCUUCCACUUCGGCUUGUUCGGCAGCGUCCGGGCAAACGAGUUCUCCAGAGCAAACAGAGCCAAUAAAAGGGGGGACUGGAGGGACCCUGUACCCAGGCUGAUUCUCCACUUUGAGAGCGGAGGCUUCCUUGUUUUCUACAACUGCAGAAUGCACUGGUGCUCCUCUCCAAGGGCUGAUCCUGCUUCUGACAUCCUGUCCAUGGAAUUCCACCGUGGCCGGGCACUGGAUGCCCUCCGUGCACCCAAUCCCAUCAGCUACACCCUCUUAGACCAACGAUACUUUUCAGGGCUGGGGAACAUCAUUAAGAAUGAGAUUUUGUACCUGACCAAGAUCCACCCACUAACACAAGGCUCUCUCUUGGCUCCCUCGGAUCUGGAGCGUCUGCUGGACUGUGCCCUUCAGUUCAGCUCUGACUGGCUGCACCACAAGCUCCGUGGCCAAGGGCUGCACCCCCAGAUCUACCAGAGGGAGCAGUGUCCCCUUGGCCAUCCAGUGAUGAAGGGAACUUUUGGACCACUGGGUGCCUUUAAAAGACUUACAUGGUGGUGUCCUCAGUGCCAGCCUGAGGUGCUGCCAGGGGAAGGGGAUCCUUCCCCAGUCACAGAGUGACCUGGCUUUGCAUUCCUCCUUUCCUGGAGGGUGGUAGGUGAUGUCUCAACCAUGCUCCUAAUUGCCUUGAGGAGGUCUUCUUGGUUUCUUUGAGCUGUUGA